AGCCCAUCAUCCAUUCCUCAGGAAGGAAGCUCGGCAUCAAGAACACACAGAAUCUUGAGAGGAAACUAUGGACAAAGUUGAGGCAGCAAAAGCCGCUGCCAGCCGUGAAGCCCAGAAGGCACGAGAUGAGAAGAAGAGAGUGGAGGAGGAGAAACUAGAGUGUACUAUACUCCAGUUGGGUGCUACAGUGAUUGCUGCAAUGACGGGGGAAAAGCUAAUUGAACAGAUCAACAAACUCGUUGGCUGGCCCCUAAGGACACCUUUAUUCCUAAUUGAACAGCAGUCAAUAAGGUUUUUGUUGGGACUUGGAAUACAGUUUCACGAGUUAUCGAUGGAACAUUUGCGAGGCCAUGUUUUGCCCAAAUCUGAUUACAUAAGCGGUACACGGACACAACCUGAGUUGCCCAGUCCCAUACACUCGCGAGACCAGAUAGGGGGUAAACGUUUAGCGAGAUCACAAAAAUCCACACCCAAGCCUCCCCACCCCAAGGCACCCCCCAUACUCCCCCCACUGAUCUCCUACGAUCACUUGAUGUCCAACCCAGGAGGCAAAACCGGUCGUCAGAAACCGGCAAACCAGGUCAGCACCCGGCUUCAGGCUAACAUAAGGUCGACCUACGACACGAACUCGGGCACACCGCGGCAGCCACACCAGAAAGCCGCAUGCGGGAAUAAACCGUCCACUAUCAGGGGCCAGACCGGCACUCCUCCCACGGAGGAACACGACCCCUGGAAAGAAGCAAUGGAUCACGCAACCCGAACAUGGAGCGAGGACCACCUGGAAGCCCAAUCACCAAACGAGGCCCUGAACAUAACUAGCAUCCCAUCAUUCAGGCCCCCCUCUCCCGAUGAGGUAGUGCACCACAAAACCACGAAGGUCAUGACAAUCUCAACGCCCCUGCACCCGCACAUCGAGGGCCAACAGUCCGAGGUAGAGGAAAUGGAAGAGGAAGAACCACAGAAAGAUGAACCUGAAAACGAUGAAAACUGGAAUGGCUUAGAAGAAGCCAGCUGGUACAUCGCCGAAAUCACGAACCUAAUGGCCAGCAUAGCGAACAAAGAAUUAUGGCAGGACUUUCUCCCGAUGAAAAGGAACAGAGGAACACCUAGUGGAGGCUGA